CAUAAACAUAAACAUAAAAUACACUAAUUAAUGUUCUGUUUUUUUCACUUUCUUCAUUCUUUUCUUCUUUAACUUCAACUUUUUUUCCUUCACUUGCUUCCUAAAUUUAACAUACCCCAUUUUCCUCACUUCCUUCUCCUCCAAUUAUUCUUCUCAACUUGCAUUCUCUCACCUUGGAUUUUUCCUCAUUUUUUUUUUAUUUCUUUCUAAUUUUUUAUUUUUUUUUUAUUUUUUGUCAUUUUCAUCAAAAAGCUGGUAAUUCUUUUAAGCUGGCUUCUUCUCAAUCUGGAUUUUUUGCUUCAUUUUUUGAUUUUUCACAGCUGAAAUUGUAUUGGGUUGUGUAAUUUUCCUUCAAAUCUAGAUCAAGUUGUUUCCUUUGUUCUUCUCCAUUAAAAAAAGCUUAAGCUUAUUUGAUAAAGCUUGUUCUUUUACAUCCCUUGAGCUCAAAUUUGUUUCCUUUCCACCAUUUUCUUUGACCCUUUUGCCUCAAAAUUCUAAUCACUAGUUUAUUUCUAAGCAAUGGUUAAUGUAGGAAAAAACCCCAAUUUGAAGUUCCUUCAGUUUCUUCUAUUUCUGUUUUACCUCAAUUUCAAUAGAAUCAGUUCUUAUCAGAUGGCAGCUAUGAACUGUACAGACACAAGACGUGUUUGUACUUCUUUCUUGGCCUAUAAGCCUCAAAAAAACCAAUCUUUGGGAGUGAUUCAGAGUAUGUUUGAUGUGUUACCAAGUGACAUCACAGUUGAAGGAAAUGGUUGGGAUUACUUAUUCAUAAGAAAGAAUUGUUCUUGUGCAUCUGGUCUCAAGAAAUAUGUGUCUAAUACAACUUACACUGUGAAAUCAAAUGAAGGGUUUGUUGAUGAUUUGGUUAUGGAUGCAUAUGAUGGGCUUAUUUUGCUUCCAAACACUUCAAGGAAAGCAAGGAAUGGUGCUGUUAUAUCAUUGAGGUUGUUUUGUGGCUGUUCUAGUGGAUUAUGGAACUAUCUGUUGAGUUAUGUGUUGAGAGAUGGAGACAGUGUUGAAUCUUUGGCUAGUAGAUUUGGGGUUAGUAUGGAUAGUAUUGAGGAUGUGAAUGGCCUUGAUGGUCCUGAUAAUGUUACUGUCGGUUCACUAUAUUACAUUCCUCUUGAUUCUGUUCCUGGUGACCCUUAUCCUCUGAAUAAUGCUUCUCCACCAGCUUCUGUUCCUACCCCUUCUGUUGUUAAUUUUUCAGGUGAUGAUGCCAAUCAUAAGUAUCAUGUACCCUAUGCAUUGAUCAUUGGUGGUUUAGGAGUUGGUCUUAUUCUGAUAAUGUUAGGCAUUGUUCUUUGUGUUUGCCUGAGAUCGUCAAAUUGUUAUUCUGAUUCCAGAAGUCAUGAAAAAGAUGGCGAGGGAAAGGUCUCUCAUAAAUUCCAUAUUCUUCGGAAUCCAAGUUUUUUGUGUGGUUCUGGAAGGUACAUAUGCGGCAAACAUGUUGACCACAAGCAAACAGAUGGUGACUCCAGCACUCGCACAAUUACCGUCCCAAAAGCUUCAACUCUAGGGCCGGACGUAUUUGAUAUGGAUAAACCUGUAGUUUUUGCAUAUGAAGAGAUUUUUUCGUCAACUGAAGGCUUCUCUGAUUCAAAUCUACUUGGACAUGGAACAUAUGGAUCUGUCUACUAUACCCUCCUUUGCGACCAGGAAGUUGCUAUCAAAAGAAUGACGGCUACAAAAACAAAAGAAUUCACAUCAGAGAUUAAAGUUUUAUGCAAGGUUCAUCAUGCUAAUCUGGUAGAAUUGAUUGGCUAUGCAGCCAGUCAUGAUGAGCUUUUCCUAGUUUAUGAAUAUGCUCAAAAGGGUUCCCUCCGAAGCCAUUUGCAUGAUCCUCAAAAUAAGGGUCAUUCACCACUAUCAUGGAUCAUGAGGGUCCAAAUUGCACUUGAUGCUGCUAGGGGACUUGAAUAUAUACACGAGCACACAAAAGCACAUUAUGUUCACCGAGAUAUAAAGACAAGCAACAUUUUACUUGAUGCUUCCUUUAAAGCAAAGAUUUCAGACUUUGGAUUGGCGAAACUUGUCGGGAUAACAAAUGAGGGGGAUGUUUCAACUACCAAAGUUGUUGGUACAUAUGGAUAUCUUGCUCCGGAAUACUUGACUGAUGGCCUUGCAACAACCAAAAGCGAUGUUUAUGCAUUUGGUGUUGUUCUUUUUGAGACUAUAACCGGAAAGGAGGCCAUUAUUCGAACAGAAGGCAUGAUGACAAAAAAUCCUGAAAGACGAUCACUAGCAUCAAUAAUGUUGGCAGUUCUUAGGAACUCACCUGAUUCAUUGAGCAUGUCAAGCUUGAAAGAUUACAUUGAUCCAAAUAUGAUGAAUCUGUAUCCUCACGAUUGUGUAUUUAAGAUGGCUUUGCUGGCAAAGCAAUGUGUGGACGAUGAUCCGAUCUUACGACCAGAUAUGAAACAGAUAGUGAUUUCCAUCUCACAGAUUCUUUUGUCUUCUAUUGAGUGGGAAGCAACACUAGCUGGGAAUAGCCAAGUAUUCAGUGGACUUGUUCAGGGAAGAUAGGAAUCAAAUAUAAAGAGUUAUUAAUUUUUUUGCUUGAUUGUGAUGUAUCAAUAGGAGCAUAGACUUGUGAUGAACAUGAGAGGGUCAAUCAGUAUCUUCUUUUUUAUCUUGAAAGCUAUAUCUUGAUUUUAUUUUUAGUUAUAUAGAAAAUUUUAGGAGUAAUUUAGAGCAUGUGAUGAUGGAGCUAAGGAUGGAUUUGAUUGAUAUAUGAGUUGUAAUGUUGACAGUAGUAUAUGCAUGUAUGUCUAUAUAAUCUUUUUUUUUUUUUUUUGAUAAUCGCAUGUCUAUAUAAUCUUUGAUUCCAUGCAA